AUGGACGCCCAAGCAUACCUCAUCCGCCACGGCUGGUCCGGACCCGGCAACCCGCUCAACCCCAACCGUCGUCCCGGCCCGCACGGCGGCCUCGGCCUGACCCGACCGAUCCUCGUCGCGCGCAAGCAGAACAGGAGCGGUAUUGGCAAGGAGGCGCAGGGUCAUCCUUCUAAUCAGUGGUGGUUGCGGGGCUUUGAGGAGGCGCUGCGAGGGGUCGGUCAGGAUAGGAGCGCAACAGCAACAACAGAAGCAGGAGGUGGUGGUUCUUCCAGUGGAUCGAACACGCUGGCGAAGGGGAGGAGUGAACUGUACAGGUUUUUUGUCCGGGGGGAGAGUCUGCCGGGGACUCUUGAACAGAAGACUACUACUACGACGACGACAACGACAACGACUACUACAACAACUACAACUACGACUACAUCGGCUGUUGUGACACCGUCUACGUCUACGUCGAGUGCUGUCGAUUCCGAUACGAGUUCGACAGUAACGAAGGAGGAGAAUAAAGACAAGAAAGACAAAAAGGAGGAAAAGAAGAAGGGCAAGAAAAGAAAGCGGGAAGAGGACGAGGAAGAAGAUGACUCUGAAAAGCAGACGACAUCUUCAACGAAGAAAGAGGAAAAGGAAAAGCGAAAGAAACGAAAGCUGAAGGAGUCGAAGGAGGAGGACGACGAAGAGAGGAAAAAGAAGAAGAAGAAGAAGAGCAAGGACACACAGAAAGAAGAGGAGAAGGAGGAAAAGAAGAACAAGCGGGAGAAAGACAAAUACGAAGACGAGAAUAGCGACGACGACCUGAAGGAGAAGAAAGAGAAGGAAAAGAAGAAGAAGAAGAAGGAAAAGGAAAAGGACGGAGACGAAAGGGAGGAGGAAUCCCCUCCCAGCGUUGAAAAAGAGGGGACGAAAAAGGAAAAGAAAAGGAAAAAGUCAAAAAGUGAAAAGGAGCGAAAAGAAAAAGAGAAAAAGGGCCAGUUACGAUGA